AUGUCUUACAGGGAUUUAUUUAUCGAAAACAAUCCUUACAAUAUAUUAUAUAUUAUACCUACUUUUACAGARUUCACUGAAGUCAUGCGAUCAUUAGGAUAUCUUCAACAAAUAUCUAUGGAUAGCUUUCAUAGUCCAAAUUUCAGUUUGGUUUCUGAAAUUUUAUUUUGGCUGGCUCUGCGUUUUGAACCAGACACUAAUCUACCACAAGAAAUUCAUACAUCUGAACAACGAGUUUAUUUCAUUCGCUCGAUUGUUGAAUUUUUUAUUCUUAAAACAAACGUAAAAUUAAAUGUAAAGAAACUGUAUCAAGCAGAUCGAAAUGCAGUAAGUGAGCUAUUGAAAAUAACUGAUUUACUUUAUGAUGCAUUAAAUAAAAAACAAACUUACGAGGAUGAAGGUUUCACCAAAUUGGAAACUAACUUAACUUACAAAGCCAAUGAGCUAAAAACGAUAAGAGAAUUGGCAUCAAAAAUUACUCAAAAAGGUGCUGCUUUAUUUCGUUCUUUAGAAGAAGAAAGCGAACUACGGCCAAUUAGAGACAGUAGAGUUAAUGCUGCAUUGGAUAUUAAUGAAGUUGAACAAAGUGUUAAGACACUAAUCCAGAAAACAAAAAAAGAAACUCAACAUACUAGAGAUUUGUUAAAAAAUAUUUCAGCGUCCGAAGCAAACCUGGAUGCAAAAAUUUCAAAACGACGAGAAGAUUUAAAAAGAAAUUCAAAGAGACUUCAAACAUUGAAACAAGUGAGGCCAGCAUUUUUAGAGGAAUUUGAGGACUUAGAAUUUGAACUUAGAAAUUUAUAUCAAGAAUAUAUUACAAGACAAAGAUGUAUAAGUUACUUAGAGUAUCAACAAGAACAGGUCGCUCAGGCAGAACUAAUACACAUACAACAACAACAAGAAAUGGCAAAAAAAAUUAUUGAAAACAAUAAACAAGACGAUGAUUUAAAACUAUUGGAAGAAGUCAAUAAUGAACAGUAUAACAACCAAUUUUUAGAAAAUACUCCAGAUAUUAGUAUUAAAGGAAGAGUUAGUAGUGCUGCUACAAGUAGAAACCGUGGUAUGUUUAGCCGCUUAUCAGACAGUGAAACAGAUUCUGAUUUAAUGUUGGACGAUGAAGAAGAUUCUAAUAUAAUGGCAUCCGAUGGAGAACUAUCAACUUCCAGAGCUGAAAAACUAGGAAGUAAUCAUAGUGAUAGUGUCGAUAGUGACAACUGAUCAAUGGAUAAUUUAAAAUACAUAUAUUUAUGAGUCAUGUAUUUAACAGAUUAUCCCCAAAACCAAGGUACUAGACAAUUAUAAUUUAUUCAAUGAAUGAAAAGAAUAAUCAUAUUAUAAUAAUUAUUCAUUUUAAACAGUUUAUACUUUACCUUUUACUCAUUUUAAAUACAGGUCAUAUGUGAAUAUUUGAGCAUAAAUUAACACCUAGAUUAGCCGUCUAGGUCUUGAAGACUGCAAGUCAUUGGGUCAUUGGGAUUCCCACCUCCUAUUUUAAACGAGACGGCUGCUUCAAAAAAUAGCUAUUCACACCGCCACUGAGUAUAUGAUAUUUCAGACUAAAAUUAUAUUUAUAAUUGACAGGAAAUAUUUACCAUAUGUAUUUUUACAUGAACACCUAACCUCCUUUAGUAUUAAGUAUUUUUAUUUUCCUGUAAUUUAUUAAAAAAUAUUGUGAAUAAAG